GUUCGUUUGCUCACGAAGAAAACCCUAGCUCCCAGACUCCAGUUUUUCCCACGGUUCUGUUCUUCCGUCGCCGUGUAAAAAAAUUCUGAUCAGGGUUUUGAGUAGAUUCUGUAAUGGCCUUGAGACGCACUUUAUCCCUCAGAUCCUUGUUCAAUGCUCGCUGCUACCAACCAUCCUAUAGCGGUAUCAUUCUUCAUGAUAAUGUUCAUGAAAAGAAGCCAAAUUACGGCUCUCCGCUUCAUCAGAGAUCCUUUAGCAGCUCCAUUCUCUCUCAGCAACUCAGAAGCUCUUCUUCACAUUUGUCUCUAUGCACUCCUUUUGGUGUCUCUAUCCAUCAUCGCUCUAUGUCGACUUCUCAUGUUCCAGGCUCAGAUGAUUCUUGCAAUGUAAGUGAAGUUGCAGGAACUCCGAUAGAUUCGGUGAUGGAAAAUGUGGCUUCCCAGGAUUGGUCAUACUCAUACAAUUUCGACAUUGUUAAGGCAUUAAUUGAAACACUGCACUCUUACACAGGCUUAAACUGGUGGGCUUCCAUUGUUCUUGCCACCCUUUUGAUUCGAGGAGUUACAAUUCCGCUCAUGAUUGAUAACGAAAGAUGGAGGUCAAGGAUUAUGGUAUUGAAACAUUGAACAUAGUGCUUAUGUAAAGACAGCUCAGAUUUGAAAUAAAAAAUAACUCUCGAGAGAAUUUUCCUUUCUUGAUAACUAUUGAGUGCUUGGAUUCUAUUUAUAGCUAUCAGGCAAUGCAUGAACCUAACUAAAUGUGUGGCUUUUGAUGCAAGAGUAUUUAUGGAAGACAAUAAUAUUAUCGCAUCUUGCUUGUGCUACAUGCAUAUUUAGCUUACCUUUAUCAUAUCUUAUCACCAUCCAUAUCACUAUUUGA